AUGCCGUCAGUGCCGUCGGAAGCAUUGGCGCAGUUGGCAGGAAGAGGGAUUGAGCAGAGCGUGGAGGAAUUGGUCAAGAGAGUCAACAUCCCAAUAAACAGCACAACGCCUCCCGCCCUCGUUGCAGCCAUCCAGCAUGACCCCUUCAACCAGGCAGGCAAGUACGGACUCAUUUUCGUUUACAUUGGGAUCAUCCUCGUGGUGUCCACAACGAUCAGGCGGCUAUACUACUACUGGGGAGACAAGAUUCGCACGGCUCUGUUCAAAGAAGAAGUCAUCAAUUCUGCCUCGACGAUCAGUCCGCUGGGUGUGUCACCGAACCAUGGGUAUGGCGACUAUGAGCUGCCCAGCGCAUUAAGUGUCGCCACCGAUGGAUCGACAAGGCAUUUCUUCCCGGCCUCGGGACCGCUGGUGGCCGAGAAAGCACAGCAACAAGCAGCUGUUUCGGCCAUUGCACCACUCAACAACACGAUCGCCCUAUUUCGAUGGAUCUUCUAUAGACCCAUCCCGGCCAUCAAGCUCGGCAGAUGGACAUUUACGUUCCCUUCUUUGGGAGUUGUCGUGGUCAUGGCCAUCUGCCUAGUGUCGUCCUUGCUUUACUGUUUCCUACCCAGUCCACUCUUCUACGCAUCCAUGUCAUAUGGAUCUCCUCCACUGGCAGUCCGAGCCGGGAUGAUGUCUGUCUCGCUGCUGCCAUGGGUCGUCAUGCUAGCCAACAAGGCAAACCCCAUAGCUUUCAUGACCGGGAUCGGGGCGGAACGACUCAUUGUGCUUCACCGAUGGACAGCUUACCUGUGUGUCAUCUUUGCCAUCAUCCACGCUGUCCCCUACUGGUAUCAAUCGGUCAACGAUCCAGCUGGCUUUGCCACGUUCAAACUCUACUUCAACUCGCAGUAUUGGGUCUACACGACAGGCAUCGCAGCCAUCGCUCCCCUGAUCUUCCUCACCCUUCACUCCAUUCCCAUUCUUCGGCACAAAGCAUACGAGCUCUUUGUCUUGCUGCAUAUUCCGGUAGCAUGGGCUUUCAUUGGCCUCAUGUUCUGGCAUUGUCACAACUACUUGACAUCAUGGGCGUAUCUUUACUCGACUGUGGCACUGAUGCUUGUAUCGCUGCUUACCCGGCUCUUCUUCUUGAACUGGAUGAAUCCCUUCCGAUCAUCGUGGCUCAUCGGAGAGGAAUCGGCUGUCACCAUCCUGCCGGAGAAUGCUGUCAAGGUCACCAUCCCCACCCAGAAGAGGUGGCGUCCGGGUCAGUACGCAUACUUGAGGAUGCCCGGAAUUGCCAUGUUGGAGAAUCACCCCUUCACCAUUGCAUCACUAUGCAGUGAAGACUUCCCCUCUGAAUACGGCGAGCAAUACCGAGACAUGACCUUGGUCUUUCGGCCAUUUUCAGGCUUUACCCGCAAAGUCCUGGAAACUUCGAUCAAGAAGGGACCCUACAAAACUUAUAGAGCCUUCGUCGAAGGACCCUAUGGCGGCAUGCAGCGACAAAUGGCCUCUUUUGACGAGGUUAUCUUCUUUGCCGGCGGAAGCGGUAUCACGGCUAUCGCCAGCCAGUUGCUCGACCUGAUCAAGCGCAUGCGUGACGGCAAGGCCACCACCUCCAAAGUGCAUGUCGUCUGGGCUAUGAAGCGGCCUGACAUCAUGGAGUGGUUCAAGGAAGAGCUUCGGAUAUGCCGAGAAUGCGCCCCACCGGGCUCGGUGCAGUGCCACUUCUUCAUCACGGCUGCAAAACGAUAUGAGCCCAUGCCAGAGAUAAAGGAACACCGCCUGAGCGGUAUCAGAGACAAGGUUGCUGAUGUCCUCGAUAAAGCCACGGGAGGAUCCAAGCGCAACUCGGCCUUGGUGAUGAUGGAGCAAGAACCGGACCUCAAGCGCGAGUUCGAAGACACCAUCACAGCGCUGCCGCAAGCCUAUGUGGCUCCUCCUCGUCACCUCGCGUCACCUGGCAGUGAACAAGCACAACCAUACUUUCCACCUCCUCCAGCUGAUAAACGGGUGUCAACCAUCUCACAAGCGCAGAUCGAUGCUACACGAUCCUUCGACUUUGGCUUCCCUCAAACGCCGACGAAAUUCCAAAAGAACCUAAUGCGGUUCGCCUUUCUACCUACCAACGUCGCGUCUCAUAGACGAGAUGGCUGGCGGACCGAGUACGGAAGGCCCGAUAUUCCGUACAUGCUCAAAGGGCUGAGCAAGGAAUUUGGACGCAGGACAUGUGUAUAUGUCUGCGGACCACCGGAGAUGAGGACAGAUGUGGCGAACACGGUGGCGCGGCUGCAGAGUGAGGUGUGGAAAGACUCGGGCAAGGAUGAGAUAUUCUUGCAUGCAGAGAAUUAUGCCAUUUAA